AUGCCUCGUGCCGUAAGAGGUCUGCUGAUCGAGUGUGAUCCUUCGAUCAAAUCCAUGAUUCUCAAAUAUGACGAAGAACGACACGACUACAUAGUGGAGGAUCUGGAUGACGAAAAUCACCUUGUGAUUAAGGAGAGUCAGCUGGAGAACCUAAAGUAUCGCUUAGAUCGGUUCAAGGAAUCAAACCCGACCCCAAAGCCCGCCCAUCUAAACCGCCCACGCUACAACACCACCAGUUCUGCCGCGACUCAUUCAACAAGCCGACUGCCGGAAUCCCCUCGUGACGUCGUCGAUAAUUUAUAUUCUGGUAUUCUGUCAACGUACAUGCAACAUCUGUAUCCAGCCUGGACUCAACCACCUUUGCGACCAACUGAGUGGUGCCCGCUCGACCAGUUCAUAAAGCACUCGAUGGGAUUGGUUGCAGCUGUUACUCAGAAUGCGGAACACAAUAUUUCCAGCGCUAUGUCGCCUCUUGGUUGGAUUAAACAAUGUUGGGUUGCACCUUACUAUGCAGUGUUCCCUAACUCCUGGGUAGCCACUACAACUACUCUCAACAUGUCUCUCUUCCGCGCUAACUUCCCUGGCUCCGGCGACUUCUCCCCUCUAUUCCGUCUCCUUGACGACUACGACGUCCACCGUUCUGCUCGCAACCAGCCUGCAGCUCAAACUUUCUCGCCUCGCUUUGAUGUCCACGAGACUGACGAUGCCUACCACCUCGACGGUGAGCUGCCUGGUAUUGCCCAAAAGGAUGUCGACAUCGAGUUCUCCGACCACCAAACUCUGGUCGUAAAGGGUCGCACUGAGUAUGAGCGCCGUACCUCAGACGAGGACACCAGCGAAGACACUGAGCAGGCCGACAAGCCUCAGACUAAACCCACUCGUCGCUUCUGGGCCUCUGAACGCUCUGUUGGCGAAUUCCAGCGCACAUUCUCUUUCCCCACUCGCGUUGACCAGGACCAAGUCAAGGCCAGCCUGAAGGACGGCAUCCUCUCCAUCGUGGUGCCCAAGACUACCGCUGCCGCCACUAAGAAGAUCACCAUCGAGUCCCUCGAUACCCACUUAUACUCUCCUCUCCGCACUCGAACCUCAACCCAUCCAACACCUUUCAUCAUGUCCGAGUAUUCGUUUGAAUAUUUCACUGUGCGAUUCCCAGAAGACCACAAAUAUGUGGCUCAUGUGGAGAUCAAUCGCCCUGAACGGCUGAAUGCUUUCGUUGAAGUCAUGUGGUUGAACCUAGCCAAAAUUUUCAACAAGUUAUCCUCAGAUUCAUCAGUCCGUGCUAUUGUCCUCAGUGGCGCAGGAGAUAAAGCGUUCACGGCCGGAUUAGACGUCAAGGCGGCAUCUGAGGGCCUACUGUCCUCAGAAACCAGCACAGAUCCAGCCCGAAAGGCUGCCGUUCUCCGCCGCCACAUCUCUGAGUUCCAAGAUUGCAUCACUGCAGUCGAGCGCUGCGAGAAGCCUAUUGUGGUUGCUCUGCAUGGAUUCUCCCUUGGCCUUGCCAUUGACCUCUCGACGGCGACGGACGUACGUUUAUGCGCACGUGACUCCCGCUUCGCCGUCAAGGAAGUCGAUAUUGGUAUUGCUGCGGAUAUCGGUACCCUGAGCCGUCUUCCUAAGGUGGUUGGAAACUACGGAUGGGUAAAGGAGGUUGCCCUGACCGCGCGCGAGUUCGGAGCAGAGGAAGCGCUACGUGUUGGAUUUGUGAACGCUGUAUAUGAUUCUCGUGACGCGACUGUCGCAGCUGCCCUCAAACUUGCCAAUUUGAUGGCUAGUAAGAGCCCCGUGGCUGUGCAGGGUACCAAGGAGAUCCUGAACUAUUCGCGCGAUCAUUCCGUACAGGACGGGCUGCGCUAUACGAGUAUCUGGAACAGUGCAGCUCUGCAAACGCAGGAUCUCUCGACUGCUUUACUGUCCGGGCUGCAAAAGCGGGUUCCCACUUUUGAGAAGCUAUAG